AUGAAAGCUGUUCUGCUUUGUUCUGCAUUUUGUCGUCUCUUCUUCAGAGAUAAAGGGUCCAACAAAUGCAACCUCACUUUCCCAAGGAGGAAGCCUUGGAAAUUGGUAAAGUUGCUUCCAUGUGACCAGGAGGUCACGGGUUCAAGCCGUAGAAACAGCCCCUUGCAGAAAUGUAAGAUAAAUUACACUACUGGAGAGAGUGCAUCUGGAACGAGCAGUUUGGCAUACUUUGUGGCCAAGGAUAAAAUUGAUCAUAUCAAUACUAUUGUACAGCCUGCAGUUUAUCUCUCAAUGUUCUACUUCUUCAGCGAUCCAAGAUCUUCAAGUUUGGAUAAUUAUCUCGUCCUGCUUUGUGUCGUACAUUGUGUUACUGGGAUAGCUUAUGCACUUGCCAUCUACUUUGAACCUGGUCAAGCUCAACUGUGGUCGGUGUUGCUACCAGUUGUCUUGACCCUUGUAGCAAGCAAGGACAGUGCGUUCAUGUCGAUAGUAGGAGAUUAUAUCUAUUCAAAGUGGGCCUUGGAAGCAUUUAUAAUUGCAAAUGCUAAAAGGUACUCUGGGGUGUGGCUUAUCACAAGAUGUGGUGUACUAAUGAAAAGAGGCUUCGCGCUUGAUCAUUGGUACCCUAGCUUACUAAAACUCAUCCUUCUUGGCGUUAUCAGUCGCUGCGUAGCAUUUUUGUUAUUGAAACUUUCCAGAAAAAAUAAGACUUCAUUGUUGCUGUCUUGAUUCAUCACUCAAGGAAGAAUGCCAGUUUACAGUUUCAAUACGAUGACGAAAAUGUUGGGAAGCCUCAAAAAGUUGGGUCCCUUGUGAAGAUUAUUGUACAUAACCUUGAUAUGAUUCUUGCCAAAAAUGUAAUUUACUGGAAACAGAUGGUAUAUAGCAGCAGGAGUCAAUUAAAGAGGUUAUAUGAUUCUUUCUUCUUUAGAUGGAAAAUCAAAUGUAACAUGUGUUAACAGCA